CGCUUUAACGGGGCCCCUUGAAACCGCCCAUGGGUUCCAUGUUUGUAUCAGAAAUUGUGCGGAGAGGAACUCCAUGUUGUGACAAAGUUUCCCAGCAAUCUCCCCUUUUUUGUUUUUUCUUUUUUUUUUCUUCUCCUGUCACCCUUUUCUCCACCUGUUUUCCCAUGCCCCCCAGUCCCUUUAACUUCUUCCCCUUCUUCCCUAAUUUCUUCAACAAAUCUAAAACCGAGAGCAAGAAAGAAGUAAAAGUCGUGGAAACGGCGGCAGCCCAGAGCUCUCCGGAGGUGUAAUGGACAAUCCGUCCAUAUUCACCCAGGUCAGCAGAGAGGAUGUGAAUACGCCUUUGCAAGAAAAGGGUGCACAGAACUCCACUUCUUCUAAAAAACCUCGAAGCCGAAGCAUCUUCCAUUCCCUUUUCUGCUGUUUGUGUCAUGAGGAUGCUGAGCCUCUACCCGUUAACAACAAUGCUCCCCUUGUGGUUGAGGAGAAUGGAUCAGUCCCCAAGGCUGCUGUUAAGUAUCUUCUUCCAGAGGUGAAGGCGCAGGAUUCUGGCAAGAUCUGUGUGGUCAUUGAUCUAGAUGAGACUUUAGUUCACAGCUCAUUCAAGCCAGUCAACAAUGCUGACUUUAUCAUUCCUGUUGAAAUAGAUGGAACGGUUCAUCAGGUAUAUGUGUUAAAAAGGCCCCAUGUGGAUGAGUUCCUGAGACGUAUGGGAGAAAUGUUUGAGUGUGUUUUAUUCACUGCUAGUCUGGCCAAGUAUGCUGAUCCAGUAGCUGACCUCUUGGAUAAAUGGGGGGCAUUCCGAGCCCGGCUCUUCCGAGAGUCCUGUGCUUUCCAUAGAGGGAAUUAUGUGAAGGAUUUGAGCAGACUGGGGAGAGACCUUAAUAAGCUGAUCAUCAUUGACAACUCUCCAGCCUCAUACAUUUUCCAUCCGGAUAAUGCGGUUCCGGUGGCAUCCUGGUUUGACGACAUGACGGACACUGAGCUGCUAGAUCUUCUCCCAUUCUUUGAGAGACUCAGCCGGGUGGAUGAUGUGUACAGUGUUUUAAAGCUACGCCGGAAUGCAAGCUAGUGACUUGGACAGGAUUAACAAUGGGAGGGCUUGGUUGUGUGGCUAUGAGUGAACCCACACUACUUUUGGAAGUAAAAGUGAUUGCCCAACUGUUGUGUUGGGGGUGGUCUUAUUUCUCAUAUCUACUCUUCUGUAACUUCACCUGCCUCGUAAAAGGGCAACAUCAUGUUGGAGUAAAAAUGUCAUGACAUUAAUAGUUUUAGUUGGCUAAAUCUUGGUGUUUUGUAUCAUAUCAUAUAGUUAUAUUUAAACACAGUUUUUGAAGGUUUCAGUUUGCAAUAGUAGAGAAAAGGAACAAUUUCUGCGCUUUCUCCAAGAUACUCAAACUUUUCUGUAUUUCUCAAAUCAUGAUAGGUUGUAGAAUAUAUUGAACAUAGAACCCUCAACAAUUUGUUUAUAUUUUUAACUUUGAGGACUAUCUUCCAAAACAUAUAUAUGUAUUUUUCUUUGUUAAAUUUUGUCAGGAGUAAUUAUUACCAAGAUUUUGCCUGUAAACUAUUUCUGUUUUUAUGUGAUAGUGAAAAAUAAUAUAAGUUAGAUGUACAUGAUCUUCAAUGGACAAAACUUUCUAAAACCUUUAGGAGGCUCAAGAUUUUGGCAGGUGUUUUGCAGGAGCCCAAUUCUUUGUAUUGCUUUUUUAGGUAAACCUGGUGGCAGACUUACCGACACAGCUCUGUAAAAGGAGUUGUUUAUACUUUAUUGAUAAGAGGUAGAUUUUUUAUCACAUUUUUUUUUAUAAAUUGUGCAGGUCACAAUAGGGUUUAUGCUGGUGGUGGUUGUAAAGGAGAGCAGUUGUGAAGUGGAUGGAAAUUAUUGAAAAGUUUUUGUAGACUUGAAAUUGCAUUCUUCAAAUGUUUUUGAGUCAGGUGCACAGAGUGUCUCAUCGCUGGCGAAUUAUCACAUGUGACUGAUGGCUAGUAAAUGUGUAAGCUGUUGGCUUUAUAAGACGCACCUGACACUGGCCAUUUAUAGCAAUGGUGGGAAUCUUGUUUGUUGGAAAGGCCAAUUUAUUGUGACUUGUAAGGAUAUAUUUUAAGUAAUCUAUACUCUUCAUCACAUAGGUACAGUUAACCAAUAACUACAGCAUAUUCUUGUUUGGUAACCAGUAAACAUAUAAGCUUGAUUUUUUUGAUAUACAGACAUAAUGUUCUGUAAUAACAAAAGUGUAUAGGAUAUGUUUAGCAAGUCUGUUUUUGUGGCCCCACCCAAGAAUAAAACUGGGGCGACAAGGUGGUAAACGAUCCUUUUUUAUGUAUUUAAGCAAAACAAAAAAAAGCUAAAAUGAUGGACCAUUUGAAUUUUAUUAUUAUUGGCAUUUUCAUUAAGAUGCUUUUAAGCCUGUCAAAUCAUGGGCUUAUAUAGGUUAAUGUAUAAUAUAGGACACUCAAUUUUUAAAUAAGCCUUGUAAAAUGAAUAUUUUACCUGGUGAGAAAUGAUUUACUUUUCUCAGUACUUUAGAGGUAACAUUGUUGCUCUUUGUACAAGAGAAGGAUUUACAAGACCAUUUUCUGCUUAAAAAGUGCCUUUUUAAUUAGUAUAGUAUUGUAACUGAUAACACACAGUCCAUACAGUCUUCAUACAAGAAUAUGCACACAGUCACUCAAAAGCCUUACAAUUAAGUUGUAGUAUUUGUGUGGAUAUGUGCCUUUUCUUCUCAGUUCUUAUGCAUAUAGUAUAUGAAUACAUAAGUGUGUUUUUUUGCAUAUGUGCCUUAAAACGUUAGUCGUGCCUUCUCCAAACCAUCAGUGGCCUAAGACAUUGUAUGAAUGACCUAGUGUUAGGGGUGGUCAAUAUGCAAUGAUUGUUAGAAGAUUCAAAAAUAAAAUAUUAUGAGAGCAUAUCUCAUAAUCAUGCCUCAAAUUGACAGGUUAGUCGCACUAUCCUGGUUGCCCAAUAAAAAAAACUUUGGCCAGACCAAAUCUGCUCCAUAAUGUCGAAACCCUCCUCAAGUAUAAACAAACCUGCUUCUAGCCACCUAGUUGCCAUCCUUGGGCCACUUAGACUACCUCCUCAAACCACACCCCCACACACUCAGUCCCCAGCACCAAUUCUGAAAUGUUAGAAGGUCUGUGAGGUUUAGAACAGCUUGUUCAGUCCUUGUUUUUCUUUCUACAGGAUUGUGGUCAUAGGAUAGUCCUUUUCAUUUAAGCUUUGCUGUGUUUUUGGAUUUGCUGUGCCUGUUUUUAAUUGCUGGGUUACUCACUUCUUCCUCUGGGUCCAGUUGGUGCUGCUUGCAAUGUGUAGGGUCUGUUCACAAAGACAACACUGCUUCACUGCCCAUAUGGAGCUGAGAGGUUGAAGUUACCAUGUUUUGUCUAAAUUGUUAGGCCCUUACUUUGUAUUAAGUAUUCAUUUAUAUAGAGUAUACUUCUUUUUAGAAUAUAUUUUAAAUAACCCCACUUUUACAUUUAUAAUAAAUUGCAAUUUAAUUACAUUGUAAUUAAUAGCAUAAUCCCAGAGUGCUUCCAUAUUUUGUUCUAAUGAGGAAUGGUAUUAGGAGGUUAAAUAGGCAUAGAUAUCAGAGACUGACAUUGUUAUUUGAUGUGUGAUAAAUACCACUUGAUUGUAGGGUUUUAUACAGAAUUGCCUUUUGAAACCAUUUGACACUGAAAUCAAGCAGAGAUCAGUUUGUCAAUGAGACUGUCUGUGAUAUGAUGUACUGUACAUUAUACUGAAUUGUAUUGCAUCGUUUUGACCACCAGGGGGAGUAAUGAAAAAUAUGUUGUGGGAAGAAGCAAUAUUUGCCUGUUUGUAUCUAAAACUAGUCAUACAUGGCUCUAUAAAUAUGUAUAUCUGUAUAUAUGAUUUUUAGAGAUUUAUGAAAGAGUUGACACUUAAAACCCUUUUUGGAAAGCUAUGUCUUUUUUAUAUAUAUAUAUAUUUUUUUGUUUUUUGUUAACACUCUUGGUUCAUUCCAUGAGAGAUCUGGAAAUAUAAUGAUUAUUCACAAAUUACAUAUACUUUACCAGUGUACAGUUGUAAACCUAUCGUACUCCAGUUAGUUGUCCCAGGCUGUAGGCUGCAUGGUCACUCAUGUCUCAUUCAUAUACGUAAUGUCAGUUGGUGUUGGUCCCUGAUUGUUUAAUUGCAACAAAAUGUCAGUAUUAUUGUGCAUUUGAAUGGGCCUUGUAGCUCAACUGCACACUGAUUUCAUGUAAGUAACAUAAAAUAACCUUCCAUAAAGGGACACGGCACUCAAAAAUGUUUUCUCUUCCAUAUAAAAGAACAGCAUUUAAAGGGACAUGAAACUCAAACAUUUUAAAUCAUGAUUCAUAUAGGGCAUACCAUUUUAUACAACUUUCCAGUAUAUGUCUAUUAUCAAAAUUGCUUCAUUGUCUUGUUUUAGUUUGUUGAAGGAGCCCCAAUGCACUACUGGGAGCUAGCUGAACAAUUAGGUGAGCCUAUGACAAGAGGCAUAUAUGUACAGCCACCAAUCAGCAGAAUAACUAGGUAUGCUUUUCAACAAAUGAUACCAAGAGAAGGAAGCAAAUUUGAUAACAUAAGUAAUUGGAAAGUUGUUUAAAAUUGCAUACUCUAUCAAAUGUUGGAUUAGCAGGUACUGAUUAGCUAGAUUUAUUUUUCUGUACCGGGUGCCUUUAAUGUUCUUCUCUGAGUUUAUAAAUCCCACAGAGACCCAAAUCCCAUAAGUGACACCAAGCUCUAGCAUGAUUUUACUAUCAUGUAUACAAAGUGUAUAUUAUUGACCAUUUAUAUUUUAUAAUAUGUAAUUUCUAUUAUGAUAAAUUGAUUUCCCCCCCCCCCCCCAAACCAGAGUAUGAUUAUUUAUAUUUGGGUCUUUGUUGUAGACUUAGAAAUACAUUUCAGAUCAUACAAGAUUUUAAACUAUUGCCCCCACUGAGUAAUCUGAAUAAUAUUCUUAACUAUAGUAGAUUUUCCUUUUAAUUAAGAUUUAAUUCAUGACAUUAGUGGAUUUAUUGAAUCAUGUGGUGCUAACAAAUCUCACCACAAGACUACUGCAGUGUUGCAAAGAUGAACAGGAAUAGCAUAAAGGAAAGCUAUGACUUUUUUUAUAAUUAGUUUCUUAAUUUCUCUUAAUUAUAAACUGCUGUUCUGUAGCUUCUGGGGUUUAUCAUUGGGUCAACAAUGUAUCCCAAAAAAACAUGGCAGAUGAAGAGGGUUAAACAAUGUUCAGAUUUAUACAUUUUCUUGCAUCUUUUGGGGUGUUCAUCAUUCAUUAAAAGACACCACUGAUGUAAGAGCUAAGAAAGGCUAUGAACUCUUUUAGUGCCUUAAUAUAGAGUUUAAAUAAAUGUGAAUUGCAACAUGUUGAUUCUAUCACCAGCAAAAUGCUGAACAUGUCAAGAUUACCAUUUUCUCCCACACUUUCAUAGAGUCCUAUAUUCUGUACUGAUUGGUCUUCAGGAUGCCUCCAAUUUCAAUGUAUAACCUUCCUGACAGCAUUCAGUUUUUACUUUGUUUGAUUUUAGGCAGCUGGGCUGUAACUUUACUCCAACAUGAAAUCAUUAUUUUGUGCGAACCAUAAAAGAAUACUUAUCAGUAUUGUAUGCUUGUUACCAUAAGGCCAGAACUUGACCUUCAACAGUGUUUUGUGCUGUGUGUGUCUGGCCCCCAUCUUGGAGGUCCCCCAAAAGUUGUUUAUUAAACUUAUUCUUGCGGAAUGUGUGGCCUGUUCUUUUUCUGGUAGUUUUUCUUUUUUGGAUACCCCCCUUGAGAAACGGUUUGUGUCGGAUAUUUCUGCAUAUUUUCUUGUUAUGUUUUUAUCUGGACUAAUUGUGCCUGUGCUUUUCAUGUGGUGCAGUCUUGUUCCAGCUAGAACGUUACAUUUUCUCCGGUUCUAGGUUAAGAUAUCUGAGCUAUUGAGGUAGUGCUGUACACCCACUAUUGGUUAAUCUUGUUGUAAGGGUUUUCUGUGCUUCAGCAUACCUCUGUGCGUUUUUCUAAUAAUGCCCAAUCUGUCUCUGUACUAAAAUAUUGCACAUUUGUUUUGCAUCCAAAGUUUAAUGAGGGUCCCAGUACUUUUGUUUGACUUCAGAUUUAUAGAUACAACUAAAUAUGUCCAUAUAAAUGCCCAAUAUCUUCUAGUAUGUGAAAACUGCUGUUUUAAUAUGCUAGUCACUCUUCUAGCCAUGCAUCUUGACUUUGUGCCAGGUAAAACUUAUAGAAAAUUUUCACACAAAUCUAAAGAUUCAGUGUCCACUAGUGGCAAAUUGCACUAGAAAAAUGCAGAUUUCAUUUCUUUUAAGUGUGAAUAUCUCUUUUAAUACCUUAUGUGCAGCUUCCCUUUUUCUCUUUUGUAUCUUUGUACAAGAAAUAAACAUUCAUUAUUAGGGCUUAAUUUUGUUUAAAAUCUAGAAGCCAGGCCAAAGAUUUAGGAAUCUUUUAAGUUUUUAUUAUACUAUGUAUGUGUGUGUGUAUAUAUAUAUAUAUAUAUAUAUAUAUAUAUAUAUAUAUAUAUAUACUCUGUGUGUGUGUGUCAGACUAAGAGAACAGUUUGCUUUAAAAUGUUCUUGUUCAGGUGGAACAAGGAGACAACGGAGAACAAUGUCCCUUUCACAAAUGGACAGUGGAUAAUAGCCCUGUACAUAUCCUCAAGAAGUAGAAUUCUGCUCGGGCCUAACCUAGUAUGUAUUGUCAGAUGUAUUAUGGGUAGUAGGACCUCUUUUUCUCUCUCAGGUUCCCACCUUUUUGUCUCAUGGCCCAUUUCAUGGUUGUUUAUUAUUUAUUCUAAAAAUUGUCAAAAGGAGAUUUUCACCAAUUUGCAAGCUAAUAAGUUGGCCUUCUCUGACCAGUCCCCAUGUUUUUAGAGUUUCUGUGGAAUGGCUUAGAAAGAGCCAUUUUUUUUUUAAAAAAAUACAGGUUUUAUUUCAGUAAGAAAAAUGCUCAACCAUUAUGUUUUGAUGUUCUUUCUGAAAGAAGUUUUUUUAUAUUUGGAACCCUCAAACUACUCUUCUUUACAGGUUUUGGUAGAUCACUACCUGGAUGCCAUUAACUAAAUCUUAAAUUACCUCUGUCCUUCAUUUUGGUGUCAGACAGACAGGGGGCAAUUUGAAUUUGUUCUGUAAAUCUUAUUGCUGAUUAGGAAGAUCUCCUGUGUUUAAGGCUUUCUCCACCAGGACUGUUAUUUUUGUCAUUGGCUAGACAGCCCAAUGCUUCUAUACAAAAGUGAAACUUGGUCUUCCUUGUAUAUGCUCAACAUUUAAUUAGUUUAUAGUGUUUGCUUCUUUGCAGGCAUCAUUUGGUAGAAAGGCCUUGCAGUCAGUGAUUCCAAAGAUCUAGGUAGUGGUAUUUUAAUUUUUUUUCCCACUCAAGCCUUCAUAUGUGUGGUACUAAUCCACUAGUGUAAAGUAUAUAUGAUUUUAUGGGAGUGUGGGAGUAAACACAAUUUAUAAUUACUGAUAAAUCUAUUUCAAUCAGAGUAGUUUACACAGUCCUUUUCUACCUACCAAGAUUACCCAGGAAUUCCUUGGUUCAUAUGCCUUACCUUGUUCCUUCCUUCAGUAGGACGAGGUGAAGACUUCUCAGACGUUUCUAACUAUUUCAAGAAAUCUUGAUUUGAGUGUGAAGAAAUGGGCUUACCUUUAAUUAUAAAUCUUGUUUUAGUAAGCAAUAAUUUGCUGUUCAGAUUAAAAGUGAAAGCAUUGUACACAAACCAUUCUUUGCCCCUUCAAGCAGUGACAGUGUUAUUGGUAUAUAUAAUUGUAUUUAUAGACUGCCCUUCUUUGUCAUUUUCACUGCCAGAGAGGGACUACAAAACAGGCUGGUAUUCUCUUAAGUGGGGUGAAGGGGUAAAAUGAAUUAGAAGUAAAAAGUGUUACACUAUAAAUGCUCACUUGUAUGUCAUUACCCACGGUUCAUGACUGCUGGGAAAACACUGUAUGCUACAUAAUUAUGAAUGGAGGCAAAUGUGGGAGACUUGUAUUUAAGACAUUUGAAUGUGUUACUACAAUGUUAAGCAGUAUAGUACUUUGUGUAGUGUAAAGCUUCUGGUUUUACCAUCGCCUCUUAAGGGAAAUUACGGAAACAUAAAUUGGAUGAGGUCACAAAGUACAAUUUUUAAAUUAUAACCAGAUUCCAAUCACUACUCCUGGUCUCCCACAAAACUGCACCCUUCAGAAAGGACAGCUCCAGGCUGGUGUCAUUUUGUCUUCAUACAUUAUACUGUAUCAUGGAAAAAAGGGCUGCCAUUAAUCAUAACGUUAUUUUUUUUAAUGAUAUUAUAUAUUUUUUAUUGUGUAUCUGUCUUUUGAAAAAAAUGUGGGAGCUAAUCAUUUUAACUUCUUUUGGGGAAGGGGAAAUUAAGUGCCUUCUUUUUUGUGUGAUUUAAAAAAAUGUAAAAUAAUUAAAUAUAUUGAAAACAAA